AUGAAAGCCGUCGUUAUUUUAGUCGUGAUAACCAUUGUAGUGAUAGAAGGGCGCACCAUUCGUUCUGGAGAAGGCGUUGAAAGGAAAAAUAACGAUUUUGCAAAUAUACCAAUGGAGAUACUACUGAAGAUGAAGCCGAAUCGCUUCGUCCCGAUCAACAAUGUAUUAUUCUUCAAGAUAUCAGAACCAUGCGAAGAUGGACUGAAGAGAGAUGCUAUAGGUAUCUGUCGUGAAGUGUGGGAAUAG